GCGCGCAGCGCAGCGCUGGAGAUGCGCCGAACCGAGCAAGUCCAGACACAUGCGGAGCUCAGAGCCCGGAGCGACUCUCUCUCUCUCUCUCUCCCUCUCUCUCUCUCUCCCUCCAUUUCUCUCGCUCUCAGUCCGGUUUAAUACGGUCCUUCUGACCUGCUCUCUCAAUAAACCCGCCGUAUCCCGUCAUCGCCCCGUGUUUCCAAAAGCGCGCUUGAUGUUCGAGGUCUGAUCCGUGAAGUUCUGCAUGCGCGCUUGCUCGCGGAGAUGUGGACGCUGCUGAUCAGGCUGGAUCUGGUCUCAUGAGCCGGUGGUGUGGAAUUCUGUUUUCGCUUUGAAAACUGCUGCUUGGACAAAUGCAUACAAAUGCAUUUAGGAGCCCAACGGACAAGGAGUGGACAAGUUUCUCCCACAACGACAACGAGAUUCCUCGUCCUCCUCCUGUCAACAUGUGCGGCGCUGCUGUCAGCAGAAGAGCCAUCAGCAGCUCCAGGUGUAGACCUUAUUCAUCAGCUGGGCCUUUCUGGUCGAAGAGACAUACACUCUUCUGGGACACAUUACCUCACCUCCCUUGCCUCAUCUCUGUCCAUCCUGCCCCCUGGAGUUGGGGUUAUCCUCGGACGGGAUGCCCUCAUUGAGGCCCCAUCAGUGGACCUGCUCCCCGCAGGCGUGGAGGAGGAGUUUUCUAUCAUAGUGAGUUUAAGCUCCUGGCGAGCGAACAAUGCCUUUAUUUUUAGUGUGCGUGAUGGCAGGGACAGACUGCAGUUCGGCUUGCAGCUCCUGCCUGGAAGGGUAGUGGUUUACAUAGGCGAGAAAGCAUCAAUCUACUUCAAGUAUGAUGUACAAGAUGGACAGUGGCACUCCUUCUCUGUGGGGGUCCGGCCACGCUCCGUAUCUUUUCAAGCACGCUGCGGGGCAGUGCAGUACAGCGAGGAAACGCUGACCCGUCCACAGACAUUGAGCUCUGAAGGCCGCCUCUCUGUGGGAAGGAUGGACUCCAGGGCGGUGCAGUUUGAAGGAGCGUUAUGCCAGCUGGAUAUUUACCCCUCUGCCCAAGCUGCGGCGCACUACUGCGACUUUGUUAAAAAACAGUGCAGACUGUCCGACACCUUCCGAUCUCUGUCAGGGAGCUCAGAGUCCCCAUUCCCAUCGGUUUCACCUUCCCCAAAGUUCCACCGCGGCUCUUCGGAAUCACACACAUUUAUCCCAACUCUUGUUGAUCACUCCACCAACUCUAUUCCCACAGCACUUUUUGACCAGUUUUCAACCACAAGCUCUCCGAUGUUUCGCUCCAGCACACCUAGGCACAUGAAUACAUCUCCAAGAACCUUCAGCAAGGUGCAAUCCCUGGACCUUACUCCAGAGACUUCCACGAGCAACCCCGCAACAGAGAAGACCCUUGACGGUGAAAAUGACACUGAGAAUCAGCCACUUCUCAAGAAGCCCAGAGCAACUCGGGCCACCCCGGACUUGAUCACCAUCAUCAAGCAGAGCCGUUUAAAAGAGGCCUUGAACAAUGAUGGUAGACCCCACCAAUCCAACAAAGAGCUUCUGCAGGCCAAUCCUAAGGUGAACAGCACCAUCCUGUACCGUGAAGAGAGCAGUUAUAACCAGGUGGACCAAUCUGAGGAACAGGUACAGGAGGUGCAUGACACAGUAUACUCAGAGGGUUAUGGAUACGACUAUGGUCUUGAAGAAGACGAAUAUUUCUUUGACUAUGAUGGAUUUGUUGGUCCAAAAGGAGAACCGGGUCCUUCAGGUCCCGCCGGCCCCCCAGGUCUCCCCGGACCCCCUGGAAAGAGAGGAGCACGGGGUCCAGCUGGUCCUCACGGGAGUCCCGGGCCGCCUGGGUUACCUGGUCCGAAGGGAGCAAAAGGUGAUCCUGGACUGUCCCCGGGUCAAGCGCCGGCAGGUGAGAAGGGUGAAAGAGGACGGCUGGGUCCACAGGGUCCUAAAGGUGAAGCAGGUCCAAAGGGUCCCAAAGGCUAUCCAGGACCAGCAGGUCUGCCUGGAGAACAGGGUUUGCCAGGAUUGCCGGGUGUAUCUGGGGCGACAGGUUACCCUGGCAGGCAGGGUUUGGCAGGACCGGAGGGAAACCCUGGACCUAAAGGUGUCAAUGGCUUCAUCGGACCUCCAGGAGUUGCAGGAGCACCAGGACUGGAAGGAGAGAGAGGAAUUCCGGGUCCUGUGGGAAUCAAGGGUCCCAAAGGAAGACAGGGUGUUGUUGGUGAUGCGGGUGAGCGAGGGCCGCCCGGACCAGACGGAAACGAGGGGCCUGUCGGAGGAACUGGCAGCAGUGGAUUCCCAGGCCUGAGAGGUGAUCCGGGGCCCGAGGGACCCCGCGGCUUUCCUGGCAUUAUGGGACCUCAGGGCCUGACCGGAGGGGCGGGGCCUCCUGGAAUGAAAGGUGAUAAGAGUGAACCUGGAUUGAGGGGUGAACCGGGAGAGACUGGAUAUCAGGGCGACAAGGGGACGGCUGGUAAUCCAGGCCCGACGGGACCACGCGGAAAACCAGGACCUCCCGGAAAACCAGGAGACCGGGGACCACAGGGGCCUCCGGGGCCACCAGGACCUGAGGGUUUCCCAGGAGACAUUGGUGCACCAGGACCCAAUGGCCCCCCAGGACCAAAGGGUAUUCAAGGAGCCCGGGGCCCCCAGGGACCACCAGGGCCAAAAGGAACAGAGGGAGAUGAAGGCCCCCCGGGUCCACCUGGAAAGCCUGGUCCCACUGGACGAAUAGGUCGGAAGGGUUUCAUCGGUGAACCAGGACCUGAAGGACUGAAGGGAGAAAUUGGUGACCUAGGGAAUCCUGGAAAACACGGCCCCCCUGGUCCUGUGGGACUGAUUGGAAUAACCGGAGUGAUCGGACAACCUGGAGAAAAGGGUGAUCGAGGUCCUCCUGGUCCUUUGGGUCCUCCAGGAGAGAAAGGUUCAACAGGGUAUCCGGGUCUUCCAGGAGGUCCUGGGGAUUUCGGCCCGCAAGGUCCACCUGGUCCACAAGGGCCAAGAGGAGCAGCAGGCAUUUCUGGGCCAAAAGGACGAAGGGGCCCCAGGGGACCUGACGGCCCUCCAGGAGAGCCAGGCCCUGAGGGCGUAAAGGGUGAAAAGGGAUCGCCAGGGAAGAAUGGAGCUCCUGGAUUCAUCGGUAAAGCUGGAGCUCCAGGGAAGAGAGGACCAGCAGGAGCGCCUGGUAAAGCAGGUCCUCCCGGAAGCACAGGUGAAAAAGGUCCUCCAGGUGAACCUGGCUCCAGAGGCCCUCCGGGGGACCCAGGACCAGAUGGAGAGCAAGGUCACGAGGGACAUCAAGGACCUGAAGGAGAGCAGGGGCCUGUGGGUGAACCUGGAAUCAAGGGUGAAAUGGGGCCUGUCGGAGAGGAGGGUGAUCUGGGCCAACCGGGCAUCAGAGGUCCUCCAGGGCCAACUGGAGAGGACGGGCAUCAAGGGAAGGACGGACCAAAGGGUGAGCCAGGCGAUCGUGGACCAAUGGGAGAAGCAGGAGAAAAGGGCGAGAUUGGUGACUCUGGCCCAGUAGGACCUCCUGGAGAUCCUGGGAAAAAGGGCUUCCCAGGACCUGAGGGCAAACAGGGACUGCCAGGUAACCGAGGACGUCCAGGAAAAAAGGGUGAAAAAGGGCCACCAGGUCACUUGGGAGAAAUGGGCUCAUCUGGCGAAAUCGGACGGACGGGGGAGAGAGGACUCAAAGGGGCUCGUGGAACCAGAGGACCCGCAGGCCGACCAGGAGUUAUGGGACCUCAGGGAGAGCCAGGACUUCAAGGUUACACAGGUCACACUGGUAAGCAAGGUCCAGCAGGCCCCCCGGGACCAAAGGGAGAAAAGGGUUACCCAGGAGAAGACAGUAAAAUGGCAGGACCGCCCGGGCCCUUAGGUGAACCAGGCACUCCAGGAGAGAAGGGUGAACGUGGGGAACCGGGAGAUUACGGAUAUCAGGGUCAUGCAGGGGUCACAGGUGCCCGUGGAGCGAUCGGUCAGCAGGGAUCUCCUGGAUCUCCUGGGCUUCCUGGUGAAGCAGGACCCAUAGGCGAGAAGGGAGUUCAGGGACUCGCUGGGAAGAAAGGAUCCCGAGGUCCCGCUGGAGCUCCAGGUCCUGAAGGUCCUGUUGGUUUGCCGGGGCCCAGAGGGACAGAUGGGUAUCUGGGAUCCGAUGGUCUUCCUGGUCUUCCUGGUUUACCGGGUCUGCCUGGAUCCAAAGGCCGAACAGGUCAGCGCGGUGACGUUGGUCUGGAGGGGAGGGCGGGACUUCCUGGCCCACGGGGCGAGCUCGGACUUCCUGGUGUCAUCGGAGAGAGAGGGCCAGCGGGGUCAAAGGGUGAGAUGGGUUUGGCGGGUGACAGAGGACCGGGGGGUGCUAAAGGCAUGGAGGGGGCGACGGGAGACCAGGGCAUGAAAGGAGAGCAAGGUGCCAAAGGAGAAGCAGGUGAGGUGGGAGACGCAGGAUUAUGCUGGGGACUCCAGGCUCUUUCCGGGGACCCAAGGGGUCCAGAUGGAGAUUUGGGGUUCGCUGGUAUUCCUGGACUCAAAGGACCGACGGGAAUUCUGGGUUUCUCUGGUCCUGUAGGUCCGCUGGGAAUGAUCGGUCCGGUCGGGAAGCCUGGUGCCAGAGGACCCAAAGGAAGCCGUGGAGAGAUGGGGCCUCAGGGGCCGCGGGGCAGUCCAGGGCCACAGGGGCCUCCAGGUUCACCCGGCCCGUCGAUACGCAUUAAUAUGGACGUUCAAGCGCUGAUGGAGUCCAAUACGCAUCUAGAGCUGGAGAGUUAUCAGAACACAGACGCGAGUCUGUCGGAGCAGAGCGCUGAGAUCUUCAGGACGCUGCGGUACCUGAGCAGCGUCAUCGACGGCAUGAAAACACAGCUGGGAACCAGAGAAAACCCGGCCCGCUUCUGCAGAGACCUGCUGGACUGCCGACACAAGAUGAGCGACGGAUUGUUCUGGAUCGAUCCAAAUCUGGGCUGCACGUCUGACGCCAUCCAGGUGUUCUGUAACUUCACGGCAGGAGGACAGACCUGCAUAAACCCCGUUACAACAGAUAAGGCCGCGUUUGAUGUCGGGAAAGUCCAGAUGAAGUUCUUACACUUACUGAGCGUCACGGCGACCCAGACCGUUUCCCUCCACUGCUUCAGUGACCCGGCGACGGUUGCCAUGGAGACACCUCGGGCCCUGCGUUUCCGGGGUUGGAACGGCCAGGUGUUCGAGGAAAACUCGCCUCGGAGUCCACAUGUGGUUCUGGACGACUGUGAGAUCCGUGAUGGCAGCUGGCAUCAGUCACGAUUCCUGUUUCAAACCCAAGGCACUCAGCAGCUUCCCAUCGUGGACAUUCAAGGUCUCCAUCCCUCACGUCCAGGAGACCAGCGGCACGUUGAAGUGGGUCCUGUUUGCUUCCUGUGAAAUCACUGAAGGUCUUGAAACGGUCCUGAUGCUCAAAUCAGACCCCCCACCCCCGAAGACCAAGUGCGUCUCCAACCCGAGUGUUUUGAAAGACUGCUGUUGUGUAUUAUCUUUUGCGGUUCAGUAUGUCAGGUGAUUUUACCCUUCAAACAUGCACAAAGUCUCGGGUGAAGUCCCUGUAGAUCGUGCGUUCGAUCUCGAAUCACUGCUAGAAAAGGCCGACCUGGACUCUUUAGACGGUGCUCUACCUCCUUCACGUACAGGUGCUUGCGUUCAGGUGCAUCCGGCCCCAAACAAACUCUACGCAAGGACACAAAUGCAAACUCCGUUUGGUGCAUCAUUGUGUUUUGUAAUUUGUCUCAACAAUCAGUUUUUCUUUUAAAUCAAGGUGGAGGUGCAAGUUCGAUAAAGUUAGAGUAGUUACGAAUACGGUUUUUAUAAGAACACUAGCUAUGUUUCCCUUCACGUGUUUUUAAAGGAAUUUUGGAGUAUUGCAUAAAAACGCUGGAUAGAAACACCAAUAAGUGCAUAAAAUCUUAACAAAUUGGAGCAUCAUAUAUAUAUAUAUAAAAAAAAAAAAACAUUUGAUGGAAGUGUCAAAAUGUGCAUAAUAUCUUUAACAUAUUGAUGGAAAUGCCAGCAAGUGCAUGGAAUCUUAAAUAAAUUGAGGUAUCACAUAAAAAAAAAAAACGCUGAAUAAAAAUUCCAAGAAGUGCAUAAAAUUAUGAAAUGCCAGUAAGUGGAUGGCCCCUAAAAAAAUGGGGUUAUCACAUAAAAAAAUAAAAAAUAAAAUAAAAUAAAACGCUGGAUGGAAAAGCCAGAAAGCGCAUUCAAUUCUAAAAAAAAAAAAAAAAAAAAAAAAGGGGGUGUUACAUUAAAAAAUCCAGAUGAAAACACCAAGAAGUGCAUAAAAAACUGAAAAUUUUGGGGAAUGACAAAAAAAAAUCUUGAUGGAAACACCGAGAAGUCCACAAAUUCAUAAAAAUAUUGGGGGUUUGCAUAAAAGCACUGGAUGGAAAUGGGGAGAAAAAAAAUUUAAUUGUGAAAAAUUGGGGUUUUGCAUAAAAAUGCAGAAUGGAAAUGGAAAAAAUGUGUGAAAUCUUAAAAGAAAUUGGGGUUUUACAUAAAACAGAUGCUGGAUGGAAAUGCCAAGAAGCACAUAAAAUCUUUAAA